AUGGAUCCGACCAGGGAUAUCCGCAACCUAUACAACGCCACGAGAGCCAAGGUUAUCAUGACCUCCCUCCUGCAGGAUCGGCCGCCCCCUGACAAUGUGGACAAGGAGGUUGGCUUUCGGACGUAUGGGUUAGAUUGCUUGGUGAUAGUGGUUCGGAUGCUCUACAGUGUCAUGCUUCCAAUCUACGCCACUACAGAUGAUCGCAGCGAGGCUGCUGAGGCAAGGAACCCCCUCCUUCGACUGGCAUGGCAGAAGUUCUCGUACGAGGAUGGAGCCUGUUUGGAGAUGGCAAGGGUGAAGAGUGAGGUCCUUGAGGCUUUCGAAGCAGAUGAUCACGACUUGUUCGAGCCCGAAUUCGCGUACCUCGUUCGUUCUCCGCUCAUGGAGGAGACCCUGUGGUGCCGGCCCGAGUACCAACUCUUCCAGCCUGAUCUGCGUUGGUCCGGAUCAGAGUGGCAGACCCGGAGCUUUACGAAGGCGGAGAGUGCCGAGAUGAAUUUCAUCCGUGUAACCAAUGGCGAUGCGACAUUUCAGCAGCAAGUGGACGAGAUAUUCGGAAGGAUGAAGCACUUUGACGGCAGUGAAAUCAUCAGAAUGUGCAAUGAGCCUUGCAUCAUUCGAGUCAUGUACGAGGUCGUGCCUGAGGAUGAGCCCUUCCCCUUCUCAACUAUCAAGAAUAUCAACGUUCCCAUCCCUGAAAUUGAAACCUUCAGGUAUACUCCUGCUGCGCGCCGUUCUUGCUACACUCUCGUGGCUGUAGUCCGCCUGCAUGAAGAUUCCGGGGGGGACUACGACCGUGUUCGGACAGAUAGCCCCAUGGCUGAACAACUCAUCCUUUUGCCGUCCAUCGCGGUCCUCCGUGGUGGAAGCUGGAGUUUGGAGUCGAAAGAGAAAUCAGCCGUCAGCUUUAUGCUGUUCUACGCCCGCACUGACAACCAGGAACCGCACCCGUGGUGGGAAGAACACACCCGGGAGCCGGAGUCUUUGAGAGCUGAGCUCGAUGCGAUGAAGGGCAGAGGUGAUUAG